CACUGCUGCUCAGGAGGGAAGGCUGGAGAGGCUUUGCUCCAAAGGAUAUUUGCUGGAUGUUGCUGUGAGUGGGGGAGAGACAGAAGAAAACCUUCAGAAUGGAGGAAGAAGAAUAUGAGGAAGUUGUGGAGUACUACAUUGAGGAGACAGUUGUUGAGGAGGGUGAGCCACAUGAGGUGGUCACUGAGAUCACUGAGACUGUCAGCACAGAGUUCACAGGUCCUGAAACUACCACAACCACCUACACUGUCAAGGAGGACAAACCUUCUGGGAAGGAUGCAGCACCCCCAGCCAGGAAAAAGACAAUCCGGACAAAAGUGGACCCAUCCAAGUUUUUGACGCCUUACCUGGAACACAGCAACAAAAUGAAGGACCUAUUCAGUGAGAACAAGUACAAAGAAAAAUUUAGAAAAGAGAAAGGAAAGCCUUAUGCUUCCACAAUUGAUACCCCAGAAAUUCGGAGGAUCAAGAAAGUGCAGGACCAGCUCAGUGAGGUUAAAUACCGCAUGGCUGGGGAAAUUGCCAGGACUAUUUGCCACGUGGAUGAAAAGGCCAUGGAUAUAGAACAUGCCAAGAAAGUGUCCCAGCAAGUGAGCAAGGUGUUAUAUAAACAGAACUGGGAGGAGAAUAAGGACAAGUACCUGCUGCCCCCUGAUGCUCCAGAGCUUGUGAAUGCAAUAAAAAACACAGCAAUGUUCAGCAAGAAACUCUACACUGAGGAGUGGGAAGGAGACAAAACUCUGUUUUAUCCCUACAACGACAGCCCAGAGCUCAGGAGGGUGGCCCAGGCUCAGAAGUCUCUGAGUGAUAUUGUCUACAAAAAAGGACACGAUGAGCAGAAAGCCAAAUUUACCUCCCUGCCAGAUCCCCCUGAUGUGGAACUGGCCAAGAAGGUGACGAGGCAGCUGAGCAAUAUUAAUUACCAUAAGGACUAUAAAAACAAAGUCAAAGGCAAGUGGAGUCAAACUCCGUGCUAUGACGUGGCCAUUGCAAAAAUGAAUGCAGAAAAUCUAAGUAUGAGAAAGUACCAGGAAGACUUUGAAAACAUGAAAGACCAAAUCUACUUCAUGCAGACUGAAACCCCAGAGUAUGAAGCCAAUAAGAAAGCUUCAGAGAACGUCAGUAAGGUAAAAUACAGAGCAGACUAUGAAAAGAAGAAAGCCAUUGCAGAUUAUAAUGUGCUUCCUGCUACAGAGAACCCAUUGCUGAAGCAAUUAAAAGCUGCAGGCAAUAUUCUCAGUGAUAAAUUAUACAAAGAAGCCUAUGAGCAGUCAAAAGGUAACAAGAUGAAUUACUGUGACACCCCCAAGUUCCAGACCGAUGCCGCUCUGAAGAAUUUCAGCGACGUGAAAUACAAGGAGGCCUAUCAAAAGAAUAUUUUGGGGCACUAUUUGGGCAGCUUUGAGGACCCAUAUCACACACACUGCAUGCAAGUCGAAGCUAUGAAGAGCGAUAAAAACUACAAAGCAGAUUAUGAGGAGGAAAAGACAAAAUGCUACUUCCCCCAGACCAUAACUCAAGAGUAUGAAGCGAUUAAGAAGUUGGAGCAAUGCAAAGAUCACACCUACAAAAAGCAUCCUGAUCAAAUCAAAUUCACUGCAGUCACUGACUCUCCAGUACAGAAGCAAGCAGAGAUUAACAGCAAACAGCUGAGUGAUAUACUGUAUAAAUCCAAAGGUGAAGAAGUAAUUCACAAGUACCACCUCCCUCCUGAUGUGCCCCAUUUCAUCCAGGCCAGAGUUAAUGCCUACAACAUCAGUGAUGCUAACUACAAAGCAGACUGGAAGAAAACCCUUGCCAAAGGAUAUGACCUGAAACCUGAUGCCAUUCCCAUUAUUGCAGCUAAAGCCUCUCGGAAUAUUGCAAGUGAUUACAAGUACAAGGAAUCCUACGAGAAGGACAAAGGCAAACAGGUCGGGUACCGCAGCCUCCAGGACGAUCCCAAACUUGUUCAUUACAUGAACGUGGCCAAAAUCCAGUCGGACCGGGAGUACAAGAAGGACUAUGAGGUCACCAAGACCAAAUAUCACACUCCCCUGGACAUGUUCAGUGUGACAGCGGCCAAGAAGGCCCAGGAAGUGGUUACAAACAUGGGCUAUAAGCAGCCAAUCCACAAUUACACCCUCCUACCUGAUGCUGUCAACCUGGAGCUCUCGAAGAACGCGAUGCAGCUUCAGAGUGAUAAUUUGUACAAAUCUGACUUCAAUAACUGGUUGAGAGGAGUUGGCUGGAUACCAAUCCAGUCCCUGGAGGUAGAAAAGGCCAAAAAAGCCUCAGAGAUCCUCAGUGAGAAGAAGUACAGGCAACACCCCGACCAGCUGAAGUUCUCCAUCCCCACAGAUGCCAUGGAGCAAGUGCUUGCCAAGCAAAAUGCCAAGACCAUGAACAAGAGGCUCUACACAGAUAAAUGGAACAAAGAGAAGACCACCAUCCACGUUAUGCCAGAUACCCCAGAAAUCCUGCAGUGUAAAGUGAACCAGCUCACAAUGAGUGAUAAACUCUACAGAGCUGGCUGGGAGGAGGACAAGAAGAAGGGCUAUGACCUGCAGCCUGAUGCCAUCCCGAUCAAAGCUGCCAAAACCUCCCGAGACAUCGCCAGCGAUUACAAGUACAAACUGGCCUACGAGAAAGCCAAGGGGAAGCACAUCGGGUUCCGCAGCCUCGAGGACGACCCCAAGCUGGUGCACUUCAUGCAGGUGGCCAAGAUGCAGUCGGAUCGGGAAUACAAGAAGGAUUAUGAGAAGGCCAAGACCAGUUUCCAUACCCCAGUGGACAUGGUCAGUGUGGUGGCAGCCAAGAAAGCCCAGGAAGUGGCUACCAAUGCCAACUACAAAAACCUGAUCCACACCUACAACGUCCUGCCCGAUGCCAUGAGCGUCGAGUUGGCCAAAAACAUGAUGCAGCUGCAAAGUGAUAAUCAAUACAAAGCAGAGUAUGAUGAAACCAUGAAGGGGGUAGGGUGGCUCCCACUGGGCUCCCUGGAAGCUGAGAAGAACAAAAAAGCCAUGGAGAUUGUCAGUGAGAAGAAAUAUCGGCAGCACCCGGACAAGCUGAAAUAUUCUGUUCCCAUGGACUCCAUGAGCAUGGUCUUGGCUUUAAAUAAUGCCAAAAUCAUGGAUGAGCACAAGUACAAACAAGCCUGGGAAGAAGACAAAAAGAAAAUUCACAUCACCCCAGAUAUUCCUCAGAUUGUUCUGGCAAAAGCAAAUGCAUUUAACAUAAGUGAAAAAAUGUACAGAUCUUCAUUUGAAGAAUCCAGGAAGAAAGGAUACGACCUCAGAGUUGAUGCCAUCCCUAUUAAAGCUGCCAAAGCUUCCAGGGAAAUUGCCAGUGAUUACAAAUACAAAUUAGGUUAUGAAAAAGACAAGGGCAAACUGGUGGGCUUCCGCAGCCUCCAGGAUGAUCCAUUGCUUGUGCAUUACAUGCAAGUGGCCAAGAUGCAGUCAGACAGGGAGUACAAGAAGGCCUAUGAGAUGGGCAAGACCCAGUACCAGACUCCCAGUGAUGCCCUCAGCGUGGUGGCAGCCAAGGAGGCCCAAGGCCGUGUGACCAACACCAACUACAAGCGCCUGAUCCACCAGUACAUGCUCCUGCCAGAUGCCAUGAGCCUGGAGCUCUACAGAAACAUGAACCAGAUACAGAGUGAUAAUGAGUACAAGCAGGAUUACAAGGAGUGGUUCAGGGGCAUUGGGUGGAGUCCUGUUGGUUCCCUGGAUGUGGAGAAAUCCAAGAAAGCCACGGAGAUUGCGAGCGAUCAGAAGUACCGCCAGCAUCCCAGCCAGUUCUCCUUCACCAAACCCAGUGAUGCCAUGGACUUGGUCCUUGCAAAGCAGAAUGCAAAUAUCAUGAACAAACAUGCUUAUACUCAAGCCUGGGAGAAGGAUAAAACUCAGGUCCAUGUGAUGCCAGAUACACCAGAUAUUCUCCAGGCAAAACAGAACAAGACAAACUACAGUCAGAAACUCUACAAGCUGGGCUGGCAGGAAAUGCUAAAGAAAGGCUAUGACCUCACACCUGAAGCCAUGUCAGUGAAAGCUGCCAAAGCUUCAAGGGACAUUGCAAGUGAUUUCAAGUACAAGGAAGGUUACCGCAAGCAGCAGGGACACCACAUCGGGUUCCGCAGCCUGCAGGAUGAUCCCAAGAUGUUGUGGUCCAUGCAAGUAGCUAAAAUGCAGAGUGACAGGGAGUACAAGAAAGAUUUUGAGAAGUGGAAGACCAAGUUUAACAUGCCUGUGGAUAUGUUAGGCUUCCUCCUGGCUAAGAAGUGUCAGGAACUGGUCAGUGAUAUCGACUACAAACGGAUCCUGCACCGCUGGACUUGUCUGCCAGACCAGGUUGAUGUCACCGAGGCCAAGAGGGUCAAUGAACUGCAGAGUGAUAAUUUGUAUAAGUCAGAUCUGCAAUGGCUCAGGGGCAUUGGAUGGAGUCCUCUGGGAUCUCUGGAAGCUGAGAAGAACAAGAAAGCUUCUGAAAUCCUGAGUGAGAAGAAGUACAGGCAGCACCCAGACACCAUCAAGUUCACGAGUAUCCCAGAUGCCAUGGAUAUCGUUUUGGCCAAGUCUAAUGCCAAAAACAGAAGUGAUAUCCUCUACAGAGAAGCUUGGAACAAGGACAAGACUCAGAUUCACAUCAUGCCUGAUACUCCUGAAAUUUUGUUGGCUAAGUCAAACUUGAUUAACACAAGUGAUAAACGUUACAAGGUGGGAUAUGAAGAGCUGAAGAAGAAGGGCUAUGACCUUCCUCCUGAUGCCAUCCCUCUCCAGGCAGCAAAGGCAUCCAGGGACAUUGCCAGUGAGUACAAAUACAAAACUGCCUACAGAAAGCAGCUGGGCCACCACAUCGGGGCCCGCAACAUCGAGGACGACCCCAAGAUGGUGUGGUCGAUGCACGUGGCCAAGAUCCAGAGUGACAGGGAGUACAAGAAGGACUUUGAGAAGUCCAAGACAAACUUCAGCACCCCUGUGGACAUGCUGGGGAUCGUGUUGGCCAAGAAGUGCCAGGAGCUGGUGAGCGACGCCGAUUACCGGCACCCCCUGCACCGCUGGACCUGCCUGCCCGACCAGAACGACGUCGUCCAUGCCAAGACAGUGUAUGACCUGCAGAGUGAUAACGUGUACAAGUCCGACCUGCAGUGGCUGAAGGGCAUUGGCUGGUCCCCAAUUGGAUCUCUGGACGUAGAGAAGAACAAGAGGGCGAGUGAGAUCCUGAGUGACAAGAAGUAUCGUCAGCACCCGGGCACCAUCAAAUUCACGAGCCUUCCUGACUCCAUGCCCAUGGUUCUGGCCAAGCACAACUCUCAAAUCAUGGACCAACGCUCGUACACGUCAGCCUGGGAGAAGGACAAGACGAAGAUCCACAUCAUGCCGGACACGCCUGGGAUCCUGCUGGCCCAGCAGAACAAAGUGAACUUCAGCGAGAAACUGUACAGGCUGGCGAUGGAGGAGGAGAAGAAGAAGGGCUACGACCUGCGGGCAGAUGCCAUUCCCAUCAAGUCUGCCAAAGCUUCCCGGGACAUCGCCAGCGAUGGAGCUACUGAAGAAAGCUGCUGCUUGAGAAGUACCAAGACAAACUUCAGCACCCCUGUGGACAUGCUGGGGAUUGUGUUGGCCAAGAAGUGCCAGGGUUUGGUCAGUGAUGCCGAUUACCGGCACUACCUGCACCAGUGGAUCUGCCUGCCCGACCAGAACGACGUCGUCCAUGCCAAGACAGUGUAUGACCUGCAGAGUGAUAACGUGUACAAGUCCGACCUGCAGUGGCUGAAGGGCAUUGGCUGGUCCCCAAUUGGAUCUCUGGAUGCAGAGAAGAACAAGAGGGCGAGCGAGAUCCUGAGUGACAAGAAGUAUCGUCAGCACCCGGGCACCAUCAAAUUCACGAGCCUUCCUGACUCCAUGCCCAUGGUUCUGGCCAAGCACAACUCUCAAAUCAUGGACCAACGCUCGUACACGUCAGCCUGGGAGAAGGACAAGACGAAGAUCCACAUCAUGCCGGACACGCCUGGGAUCCUGCUGGCCCAGCAGAACAAAGUGAACUUCAGCGAGAAACUGUACAAGCUGGCGAUGGAGGAGGAGAAGAAGAAGGGCUACGACCUGCGGGCAGAUGCCAUUCCCAUCAAGUCUGCCAAAGCUUCCCGGGACAUCGCCAGCGAUUACAAGUACAAGGAAGGGUAUCGGAAGCAGCUGGGCCACCACAUCGGGGCCCGCAACAUCGAGGACGACCCCAAGAUGGUGUGGUCAAUGCACGUGGCCAAGAUCCAGAGUGACAGGGAGUACAAGAAAGCCUUUGAGAAGUCCAAGACACACUUCAGCAGCCCUGUGGACAUGCUGGGGAUCGUGUUGGCCAAGAAGUGCCAGGGGCUGGUGAGCGACGCCGAUUACCGGCACCCCCUGCACCGCUGGACCUGCCUGCCCGACCAGAACGACGUCGUCCAUGCCAAGACAGUGUAUGACCUGCAGAGUGAUAACGUGUACAAGUCCGACCUGCAGUGGCUGAAGGGCAUUGGCUGGUCCCCAAUUGGAUCUCUGGACGUAGAGAAGAACAAGAGGGCGAGUGAGAUCCUGAGUGACAAGAAGUAUCGUCAGCACCCGGGCACCAUCAAAUUCACGAGCCUUCCUGACUCCAUGCCCAUGGUUCUGGCCAAGCACAACUCUCAAAUCAUGGACCAACGCUCGUACACGUCAGCCUGGGAGAAGGACAAGACGAAGAUCCACAUCAUGCCGGACACGCCUGGGAUCCUGCUGGCCCAGCAGAACAAAGUGAACUUCAGCGAGAAACUGUACAAGCUGGCGAUGGAGGAGGAGAAGAAGAAGGGCUACGACCUGCGGGCAGAUGCCAUUCCCAUCAAGUCUGCCAAAGCUUCCCGGGACAUCGCCAGUGAUUACAAGUACAAGGAAGGGUAUCGGAAGCAGCUGGGCCACCACAUCGGGGCCCGCAACAUCGAGGACGACCCCAAGAUGGUGUGGUCGAUGCACGUGGCCAAGAUCCAGAGUGACAGGGAAUACAAGAAAGCCUUUGAGAAGUCCAAGACAAACUUCAGCAGCCCUGUGGACAUGCUGGGGAUCGUGUUGGCCAAGAAGUGCCAGGGGCUGGUGAGCGACAUCGACUACCGGCGCUACCUGCACCAGUGGAUCUGCCUGCCCGACCAGAACGACGUCGUCCAUGCCAAGACAGUGUAUGACCUGCAGAGUGAUAACGUGUACAAGUCCGACCUGCAGUGGCUGAAGGGCAUUGGCUGGUCCCCAAUUGGAUCUCUGGAUGCAGAGAAGAACAAGAGGGCGAGUGAGAUCCUGAGUGACAAGAAGUAUCGUCAGCACCCGGGCACCAUCAAAUUCACGAGCCUUCCUGACUCCAUGCCCAUGGUUCUGGCCAAGCACAACUCUCAAAUCAUGGACCAACGCUCGUACACGUCAGCCUGGGAGAAGGACAAGACGAAGAUCCACAUCAUGCCGGACACGCCUGGGAUCCUGCUGGCCCAGCAGAACAAAGUGAACUUCAGCGAGAAACUGUACAAGCUGGCGAUGGAGGAGGAGAAGAAGAAGGGCUACGACCUGCGGGCAGAUGCCAUUCCCAUCAAGUCUGCCAAAGCUUCCCGGGACAUCGCCAGCGAUUACAAGUACAAGGAAGGGUAUCGGAAGCAGCUGGGCCACCACAUCGGGGCCCGUAACAUCGAGGACGACCCCAAGAUGGUGUGGUCGAUGCACGUGGCCAAGAUCCAGAGUGACAGGGAGUACAAGAAAGCCUUUGAGAAGACCAAGACACACUUCAGUAGCCCCGUGGACAUGCUGGGGAUCGUGUUGGCCAAGAAGUGCCAGGGGCUGGUGAGCGACAUCGACUACCGGCGCUACCUGCACCAGUGGAUCUGCCUGCCCGACCAGAAUGACGUGAUCCACGCCAGGGAAGCCUAUGACCUGCAGAGUGAUAAUGUCUACAAGUCUGACCUGCAGUGGCUGCGGGGCAUUGGUUGGGUGCCCAUUGGUUCCUUGGAAGUGGAGAAGGCCAAGAAGGCUGGGGAGAUCCUGAGUGACAAAAUCUACCGUCAGCACCCGGACACCAUCAAGUUCACCAGCAUCCCAGACUCCCUGCCGAUGGUGUUGGCCAAGCAGAACGCGGACACCAUGAACAAGCGUUUGUACACUGAGGCCUGGGAUAAAGACAAGACACAAAUCCACAUAAUGCCUGACACUCCUGAAAUCACACUGGCAAGAGAGAACAAGAAAAACUACAGCCAGAAACAAUACAGACAGGCCAUGGAAGAUUCAAAGAAGAAAGGCUACGAUUUGAGAGUUGAUGCCAUCCCCAUUCAAGCGGCCAAGGCAUCCAGGCAAAUUGCCAGUGAUUACAAGUACAAGGAAGGGUAUCGGAAGCAGCUGGGCCACCACAUCGGGGCCCGCAACAUCGAGGACGACCCCAAGAUGGUGUGGUCAAUGCACGUGGCCAAGAUCCAGAGUGACAGGGAGUACAAGAAGGACUUUGAGAAGACCAAGACAAACUUCAGCAGCCCUGUGGACAUGCUGGAGAUCGUGUUGGCCAAGAAGUGCCAGGGGCUGGUGAGCGACAUCGACUACCGGCACUACCUGCACCAGUGGAUCUGCCUGCCCGACCAGAACGACGUGAUCCACGCCAGGGAAGCCUAUGACCUGCAGAGUGAUGCUGUUUACAAAUCAGACCUGCAGUGGCUGCGGGGCAUUGGUUGGGUGCCCAUUGGUUCCUUGGAAGUGGAGAAGGCCAAGAAGGCUGGGGAGAUCCUGAGUGACAAAAUCUACCGUCAGCACCCGGACACCAUCAAGUUCACCAGCAUCCCAGACUCCCUGCCGAUGGUGUUGGCCAAGCAGAACGCGGACACCAUGAACAAGCGUUUAUACACUGAAGCCUGGGAUAAAGACAAGACCUCGAUUCAUGUCAUGCCUGACACCCCAGAAAUCCUGCUGGCCAAACAAAACCGAGUGAACUACAGUGAGAAAAUGUACAAACUGGCCUUGGAGGAAUCGAAGAAGAAGGGCUAUGAUCUGCGUUUUGAUGCCAUUCCCAUUCAAUCUGCCAAAGCCUCCAGAGAGAUUGCCAGUGAUUACAAGUACAAGGAAGGGUAUCGGAAGCAGCUGGGCCACCACAUCGGGGCCCGCAACAUCGAGGACGACCCCAAGAUGGUGUGGUCGAUGCACGUGGCCAAGAUCCAGAGUGACAGGGAGUACAAGAAAGCCUUUGAGAAGACCAAGACAAACUUCAGCAGCCCUGUGGACAUGCUGGAGAUCGUGUUGGCCAAGAAAUGCCAGGGGCUGGUGAGCGACAUCGACUACCGGCGCUACCUGCACCAGUGGAUCUGCCUGCCCGACCAGAACGACGUGAUCCACGCCAGGGAAGCCUAUGACCUGCAGAGUGAUGCUGUUUACAAAUCAGACCUGCAGUGGCUGCGGGGCAUUGGUUGGGUGCCCAUUGGUUCCUUGGAAGUGGAGAAGGCCAAGAGGGCUGGGGAGAUCCUGAGUGACAAAAUCUACCGUCAGCACCCGGACACCAUCAAGUUCACCAGCAUCCCAGACUCCCUGCCGAUGGUGUUGGCCAAGCAGAACGCGGACACCAUGAACAAGCGUUUAUACACUGAAGCCUGGGAUAAAGACAAGACCUCGAUUCAUGUCAUGCCUGACACCCCAGAAAUCCUGCUGGCCAAACAAAACCGAGUGAACUACAGUGAGAAAAUGUAUAAAUUGGCCUUGGAGGAAUCGAAGAAGAAGGGCUAUGAUCUGCGUUUUGAUGCCAUUCCCAUUCAAUCUGCCAAAGCCUCCAGAGAGAUUGCCAGUGAUUACAAGUACAAGGAAGGGUAUCGGAAGCAGCUGGGCCACCACAUCGGGGCCCGCAACAUCGAGGACGACCCCAAGAUGGUGUGGUCGAUGCACGUGGCCAAGAUCCAGAGUGACAGGGAGUACAAGAAGGACUUUGAGAAGACCAAGACAAACUUCAGCAGCCCUGUGGACAUGCUGGGGAUUGUGUUGGCCAAGAAAUGCCAAGUGUUGGUGAGCGACAUCGACUACCGGCACUACCUGCACCAGUGGAUCUGCCUGCCCGACCAGAACGACGUGAUCCACGCCAGGGAAGCCUAUGACCUGCAGAGUGAUGCUGUUUAUAAAUCAGACCUGCAAUGGCUACGAGGUAUUGGAUGGGUUCCUAUUGGUUCCUUGGAAGUGGAGAAAGCCAAGAGAGCUGGAGAAAUCCUGAGUGACAGGAAGUACCGUCAACCUGCAGACAAAAUCAAAUUUACCAGUGUGACAGACUCCUUGCCCAUGGUCUUAGCCAAGCAAAAUGCUGAGAUAAUGAACAAGCGUUUGUACACAGAAGCCUGGGAUGCAGACAAAAAAACCAUCCAUGUCAUGCCUGACACACCAGAUAUUCUGUUAGCCAGGGCCAACGCAGCCAACGUCAGCAAGAAACUUUAUGUACAAGCCUGGGAAGAGGCCAAGAAGAAGGGUUAUGACAUGAGAGCAGAUGCAAUUCCAAUCCAAAGUGCCAAGGCAUCGAGAGAUAUCGCGAGUGACUACAAAUACAAACAAGCCCAUGAGAAGCAGAAGGGGCACUACAUCGGGCUCCCCAGUGCCAAGGACGACCCCAAGCUGGCGCUGGCCGCGCGGGCCAUGGCGCUGCAGAACGACCGCCUCUACAAGAAGGGCUACCACGAUUCCAAGACCCAGAUCCACAUUCCCAUGGAUGCCCUGUCAGUGCAGGCAGCCAAGGAGUGCCAGACACUGGUCAGUGACAUUAACUACAAGCAGUACCUGCACCAGUGGACGUGUCUUCCUGACCAGAACGACGUGAUCCACGCACGACAGGCCUACGACCUGCAGAGCGACGCUGUGUAUAAGGCAGACCUGGAGUGGCUCCGUGGAAUUGGCUGGUUGCCCAACGAGUCUCCAGAGAUUAAGAGAGUGAAGAAUGCCCAGGAUCUCCUGAGUGACAACGUGUACCGGACACCCAUCAACAGCGUCAAGUUCACCAGUGUGGUGGAUUCCCCAGACGUUGUCCUUGCUAAAACAAACGCUGAGCAGCUCAGCAUCCCAAAAUACAAAGAAGCCUGGGAAAAGGACAAGACCAUGAUCCAUAUUAUGCCAGACACACCUGAAAUCAACCUAGCCAGGGCUAAUGCUGUUAAUUAUAGCCAGAAAAUGUAUAAAGGAGCUUGGGAUGAGCUGAAGUCGAGCUACGAUUUGAGAGCGGACGCAAUCCCCAUCAAGACAGCCAAGGCUUCCAGAGAGAUUGCCAGUGAUUACAAAUACAAACUGGAGCACGAGAAGCAGAAGGGACAUUAUGUUGGAGUUCCGAACGCCAAAGGAGACUCGAAAAUCCAGUUUGCCCUUGAUGUAGCCAAAGUUCAGAGCGAACGAGAGUACAAGAAGUACUUUGCCAAGCUGAGGACCCAGUGCCACCUCCCAGCGGAUAUGAUGUCCAUCGUGGCAGCCAAGCACGGGCAGACUCUGGUCAGUGACGCCGAUUACCGGACAUACCUGCACCAGUGGAUCUGCCUCCCGGACCAGAACGAUGUCAUCCAUGCCAGGCAGGCCUAUGACCUCCAGAGUGAUGCUGUUUAUAAAGCUGAUUUGGAAUGGCUGCGGGGCAUUGGAUGGCUGCCAAAUGAUUCCCUUGAAGUCAAGCACGUCAAAUAUGCUGGAGAUCUCUUGAGUGAGAAAAAGUACCGCACAAAGGCUGAAACUCUUCCCUUCACCGCGGUGGCCGACAGGGUUGAUUAUGUCACAGCGAAGAACAGUGGGGAGAUUCUCAGUGAUAUUAAAUACCACAAAGCCUGGAAUGAGGCCAAGUCCAAUUAUACCCUGACAGAUACACCACAGCUGGAUAUGGCCCGGGAGGCAGCCAGGAUUCUAAAUCAGAGUUUAUAUAAGGAAAGUUGGGAGAAAGAAAAAGCCACUGGGUACCUGUUACCUCCUGACACGAUUCAGAUCUCUCAUGCCAAGCACUCGAGCGAUGUCCAGAGUGAGCUGAAAUACAAAGCUGAGUAUGUGAAGCAGAGAGGUCACUACGUUGGCGUUGCCAAGAUGAGGGAUGACCCCAAGCUGGUGUGGUACGAGCACGCGGGCGAGAUCCAGAACGACCGCCUGUACAAAUCCGACUACAACAAAACCAAGUCCAAAAUCCACAUCCCUGCAGAUGCCAUGGCAGUUGUGGCAGCAAAGGAAGGUCAGAACUUGGUCAGUGAUGUUGACUAUCGCCAACGCCUGCACCAGUGGACGUGUCUUCCUGACCAGAACGACAUCAUCCACGCACGGCAGGCCUACGACCUGCAGAGCGAUAACGUUUACAAAUCCGACUUGGAAUGGCUCCGUGGCAUUGGUUGGAUCCCUCUGGAUUCAGUGGAACACAAGAAAGUUAAGACUGCCCAAGAACUGAUAAAUAAGAGAUCAUACACCAAAGAAGCCCUGGAUAACUUUUCCAAAUACACCAGUGUGGUUGACACUCCCGACAUCGUGUUGGCGAAGAUGAACUCUGUCAACCAGAGUGAUCUAAAAUACAAAGAAACCUUUAACCUUGAGAAAGGCCAAUACAUCGGGUCUGACGACACUCCUGCGCUGCACCACGCCAAGGACAUGUCCUUACUCCACAGUGAGAAACUUUAUAAGAAGGCUUGGGAGCUCAGCAAGCCCACUGGAUACACUCUGGAUGAGAAGUACGUGCCUCUCGUUGGAGCCAAACACGCAAACGAUAUCAACAGUGAGCGCAAAUAUAAGGAAAUAUAUGAGAAGCUGAAAGGCCAUUACCUGGCUGGGAAGGAAAUUGGGGAUUUCCCCGCUGUCGUUCACUCGCUGGAAUUCCAGAAAAUGAGGAGCGCGUUGGCCUACAGAAAGAAUUAUGAAGACACCAAGAAAAAUGUCCAUAUCCCAACUGACAUGAUGAACCACGUUCUGGCCAAGAAGUGCCAGCAAAUCCUCAGUGACCUGGAAUACCGAAGUUACUUCCAUCAGUGGAAUUCUUCCCCUGAAGAAAAUGAUGUUAUUCACGCCAGAAGAGCCCAGGAGAUUCUGAGUGAUGCAGUGUAUAAAGAUGACUUGAACUGGCUGAAGGGAAUUGGAUGUUAUGUCUGGGAUACUCCAGAAAUCAUACAGGCUAAGAAGUCCUAUGACCUCCAGAGUCAAAUAAAAUACACAUCUGCAGGAAAGGAGAACUUCCAGAACUUCAGUGUGGUCACAGACACCCCUGUCUAUGUGACUGCUCUGCAGAGUGCUUUCAACGCCAGCGAUGUGAAAUACAAGGAAGAAUUCCAUAAAACUAAGGACAAGUACACGCCUGUGGCUGAAACAGUGGAGUCUGAAAGAGUUCAGAAUUUGAAACAUCUUUAUAGCAAUAAUCUCUACAGGAAAGCCUGGGAUAAAGUGAAGGCCACUGGAUAUGCUCUACCCUCAGAUUCCGUAGCCCUGGCACGUGCCAAGGAGCUGAAGCACAAUGCCAGCAUUGUCAAAUACCGUGAGGAAUAUGACAAGUUCAAAGCACUGUACACGAUCCCCAAGGGGGUGGAGGAUGAUCCCAACAUGGAACGGUGCCUCAGAGUCGGGAAGCUCAACAUUGAUAGACUGUACAAAGAGACCUAUGAGAAGACUAAAGCCAAGGUGCACAUCGUCCCAGACAUGAUGGACAUCAUUGCUGCCAAGGAUGCUCAGAAGAAGAUCAGUGAGGUCGAGUACCGCACCCGCCUCCACGACUGGAUGUGCCUCCCAGACCUGCAGGUCAACGCCCACGUCCGCAUGGUCACCGACCAAGUCAGCGAUGUGAUCUACAAGGAUGAUCUGAACUGGCUGAAAGGCAUUGGCUGCUUUGUUUGGGACACCCCAGAAAUCCUCCAUGCCAAGCAGGCCUAUGAUCUCCGCAGUGAUAUUAAGUACAAAUCUAAGGCAGAAAAGAUGAAGAAGGACUUCACUGUGGUCACAGACACCCCUGUCUAUGUCCAGAAUGUCCUCAGUGCCUUGAAUUUAAGUGAAGCUGUUUAUCGUGGUGAUUAUGUGAAGAAUAUUAAAGGCAAAAUGAUUUCUACUGAUAAAACCAUCGAUUUGGAGCGGGCAUAUAAUGCAAACAAGAUACAGAGUGAGAAUUUGUAUCGCUGGGCUGGUGUGAAUGCUCUGCCCACUGGAUACAGCCUUCCCACGGAUACUCCCAACUUCCAGCAUGCAAAACAUGUCCAGCACAUUGGCAGUGAUCUGAAAUAUAAAGAAGCCUAUGAACACAUGAAAGCCAAAGGUUAUACUCUGGGGCCUAAAGAUGUUGGCUUUGAAACUGCAAGGAAAGUGAAUCAAGCCAUUAAUGAGAGGCUCUACAGGGCAACAUACCACAAGACCAAGGACAAGAUCCACACCACUCCAGACACCCCCGAAAUCCGGCAAGUCCGAGCCACCCAGGAAGCUGUCAGUGAUCUGAUCUACAAGUCAGAUUUCUUCAAGAUGCAGGGCCACCUGAUCUCCCUGCCUUACACCCCCCACGUGCUGCACUGUCGCUACGUUGGGGACAUCACAAGUGACAAUAAAUACAAGGAGGACCUGAGGUGGUUGAAGGGCCUGGGUUGUUUCCUGUAUGACACUCCUGACAUGGUCCGUGCUCGUGAGCUCAAAAAGCUUUGGUCUAAUUACAUAUACACUGGUGCUGCAAAGAAGAUGUGGUCCAAAUUCAAAGUGGUGUUGGAUACUCCUGGAUACAGAGCAGUUCAGGAGCUAAAAACCCAUUUGAGUGAACUGGUUUACAGAGCUGCAGGCAACGAGGUGAAGACAAAAUACACUUCCAUCCUGGACACACCUGACUUGAUAAGAGCCAAGGAAGGACAAAAAAUACAGAGCCAGUACUUGUAUGUGGAACUUGCCACAAAAGAGAGGCCCCAUCAUCAUGCUGAUAAUCAGACUCAAGCCUUUACACAUGCCAGGCAAGUCAAGGACAUGAUCAGUGAGAAAAAGUAUAAAACCCAGUAUGAGAAGAUGAAGCACAAAUACACCCCUGUCCCUGACACCCCAGUCCUGAUCAGAGCCAAGAGGGCCUAUCUGAAUGCCAGUGAUCUGCGCUACAAAGAGACCUUUGAGAACACCAAGGGCAAGUACCACACGGUGAAGGACGCCCUGGACAUCGUCUACCAUCGCAAGGUCACCGAUGACAUCAGCUCUAUCAAAUAUAAGGAGAAUUAUAAGAGCCAGCUGGGAAUCUGGAGAUCGAUCCCAGACCGUCCGGAGCAUUUCCAUCAUCGCCUGGUCACGGAUGCCAUCAGUGAUGUUAAAUACAAGGAAGACUUGGAAUGGCUCAAGGGCACCGGGUGUUAUGUGUGGGAUACUCCAGCUUUUGUUCUGGCAGAACAGAAUAAAGUGCUCUACAGUGGGUGCAAGUACAAGGAGUCGUUUGAGAAGACCAAGUCCCAGUUUAAGUACGUGGCUGACUCUCCAAGUAACGAGCAUUUUAGAUACGCAACUCAGCUGAUGGAUGGGAAAUUAUAUAGGGCUGCCUAUGAGAAGCUCAAAGAUAGGUACAGCGUUAUUGUGGAUGAUCCCAGGAAUCUCCUGGCCAAGUGGGUCUCCAGGCUGAGCAGUCAGAUUCAAUACAAAAAGGACUAUGAGAAGAAGAAAGACAAAUACACCACGGUCUUGGAUACCCCGGAGUACCUGAGGACCAGCAAAGUCAACAAACAGAUCAGUGAUAUUAUUUACAAGCUGGAGUACAACAAAGCCAAGCCCAAGGGCUACACCACCAUCCAGGACACGCCCAUGUUGCUCCACGUGCGCAAGGUCAAGGACAGGAUCAGUGAUCUGAAAUACAAAGAAAUGUAUGAGAGGAGCAAAUCUCGCUGCAACGUCGUGGCAGAUUCGGUUCAUAUCAAGACUCCAAGACACGCUUACAAGCUCAACAGCAACCUGGAUUAUAAGAAGAAAUAUGAAGCAGCCAAGGCUCACUGGCACCUGAUUGCUGACAGGCCUGACUUUGUGCAAGCAGCCAAAUCAUCUCUGCAGCAGAGUGAUUAUGAAUACAAACUGGACCGGGAAUUCCUGAAGGGGUGCAAAAUCUCUGUCACUGAUGAUAAAAACACAGUGUUGGCCUUAAAUAAUGCCAUUUUAGCCAGUGAUAUAAAAUACAAAGAGAAGCACAACAAAGCCCGGGGAACGUACCAUGUGGUCCCAGACACACCUCAGAUCCUCCUGGCCAAGAAUGUCAGCUCUCUUGUCUCUGAGAACAAGUACAAAGAGCACAGCAAGAAGCAGCUCCCCCACGGCUCUUUCACGACCCUGCCCGAGACGCGGGACACGGCGCACGUGAAGGAGGUGACCAAGAACGUCAGUGAGACAAACUAUAAGAAGAAGUUUGUGAAGGAGAAAGGCAAAUCUAAUUAUUCUGUCAUGCUGGAGCCUCCUGAAGUGAAACAUGCCAUGGAAGUUGCCAAAAACCAGAGUACAAUUGAAUACAAGAAGGAUGCCAAGUCAAAGCUCCACUACACACCGAUAGCAGAUCGACCAGAUAUUAAGAAAGCAACUCAGGCUGCCAAGUUAAUCAGUAAUAUUGAGUACAAAAAGCGUGGAGCAGCUGGAGUGGGGGUGACCAUGCUGGGACGGCCAGACAUUGAACUGGCCAAGGAGGUGUCCAAACUCACCAGCCAGGUGAAAUACAAGGAGAACUUUUCCAAAGAGUUGGGUAAGAAGCCAAAGUAUGACCUAAAGGAGGCCAAAAUCUACAAGACCAUGAAGGACGCCCACAACAUGGCCAGUGAGGUGAAGUACAAAGCUGACCUGAAGAAGCUCCACAAGCCCGUCACGGACAUGUCGCAGUCGCUGAUCAUGAACCACGUGCUGAGCACGAGCCAGCUCGCCAGCGCUUACCAGUACAAGAAGCAAUAUGAGAAGAGUAAGGGUCACUACCAUGUGGUGCCAGAUAAUCUUGAGCAGGUUCAUCUCAGGGAGGCAUCAGAACUCCAGAGCCACGUGAAAUACAGGGAAAAGUAUGAGAAGGAAAAAGGAAAACCCAUGUUGGACUUUGAGACUCCAACAUACCUCACAGCAAAGGAGUCCCAGCUCAUGCAGAGCGAGAAAGAAUACAAGAAGGACUUUGAGGAGUCCAUGAAGGGCAGGAACCUGACUGGCCUGGAGGUCACACCAUCCCUGUUACAUGUCAAAUAUGCAACCAAAAUAGCCAGUGAGAAAGAGUACAAGAAGGAUCUGGAGGAAGGUGUCAAGGGGAAAGGACUGACAGCCCUGGAGGAGACUCCAGAGAUGUUGAGAGCCAAGAAUGCAACUCAGAUCCUCAAUGAGAAAGAGUACAAAAAAGCCUUGGAGUUGGAAAUCCGAGGAAAAGGCCUGACAGAGCUGGCUCUGGAGACCCCGGAUUUCGUGCGGGCCAAGAACGCCACGGACAUCGCCAGCCAGAUCAAAUACAAACAAUUGGCAGAAAUGGAGAAAGCCAACUACACCAGUGUUGUUGAUACUCCAGAGAUUAUUCAUGCCCACCAGGUCAAGAACCUUUCCAGCCAGAAAAAAUACAAGGAAGAGGCAGAGAAGAGCAUGUCACACUAUGUGCCUGUGGCAGACACCCCAGAAAUGCAGCGAGUCCGGGAGAACCAAAAGAACUUCAGCAUACUCCAGUACCAGUCAGACCUUCAGAACAGCAAAGGAAAAGUCACAGUUGUCCAAGACACCCCAGAGAUGCUGCGGGUGAAAGAAAACCAGAAGAACUUCAGCUCGAUUUUGUAUAAAGAAGAUAUUGGAACUGGAACCACUAUUGAAAAGACACCAGAGAUGCAGAGAGUUAAACAAACCCAGGAUAAUAUCAGCUCGAUCAAGUACAAGGAGAGCAUUGGGAAGGGAACCCCCAUUCCCGACCUGCCGGAGGUGAAGCGCGUCAAGGAGACCCAGAAGCACAUCAGCUCGGUGUUGUACAAGGAGGAGCUGGGCACGGGCACCCCCACGCCCGUGACCCCCGAGAUAGAGCGAGUCAAACGCACGCAGGAGCACAUUAGCUCGGUGUUGUACAAGGAGGGGCUGGGGGUUGGCACCCCCGUUCCUGUCACCCCUGAGAUGGAGAGGGUCAAACGCAACCAGGAGAACUUUAGCUCGGUGUUGUACAAGGAGGAGCUGGGCACAGGAACCCCCACCCCUGUGACCCCCGAGAUCCAGAGGGUCAAACGCAACCAGGAAAACUUGAGCUCGGUGUUGUACAAGGAAAACAUAGGGAAAGCCACCCCCACCCCAGUCACCCCCGAGAUGGAGAGAGUCAAACGCAAUCAAGAGAUCAUUAGCUCGGUGUUGUACAAAGAGAACGUGGGGCAGGCGACCCCCACCCCCGUCACCCCCGAGAUGGAGAGAGUCAAACGCAAUCAAGAACAGAUUAGCUCGGUUACCUACAGGGAAGGCUUAGGGAAGGCCACCCCCAGCCCGGUCACUCCGGAGAUGGAGCGAGUCAAGCGCAACCAGGAACAGAUCAGCUCGGUUUUGUACAAAGAGCACAUGGCAAAGGGAACUCCGACCCCUCUGACCCCGGAGAUGGAAAGAGCCAAACGGAACCAGGAGAACAUCAGCUCGGUUCUUUACUCCGACAGUUUCCGGAAGCAGGUCCAAGGAAAAGCCGCCUACGUCCUGGACACGCCGGAGAUGAGGAGAGUGAGGGAGACCCAGAAACACAUCUCCACAGUGAAGUACCACGAGGACUUUGAGAAGAGCAAAGGGAGCUUCACCCCCGUGGUCACCGACCCCAUCACCGAGAGGGUGAAGAAGAACAUGCAGGACUUCAGUGACAUCAGUUACAGGGGCAUCCAGAGGAGGGUGGUGGAGAUGGAGCGCAAACGGGUGGACCAGGACCAGGAGAACCUCACAGGUCUCCGUGUCUGGCGCACCAACCCCGGAUCCGUCUUUGACUACGACCCGGCCGAGGACAACAUCCAGUCCCGGAGCCUGCACAUGAUCUCAGUCCAGGCCCAGCGGCGCAGCCGGGAGCAUUCCCGCUCCGCCAGCGCCCUGAGCAUCAGCGGCGCCGGAGACGAGAAAUCCGAGCCCUCGGAGGGCACCGACCAGCGCCUGUCCUACUACAGCAACGGGGGCUUCUUCACCACCACCACCACAGUGGGCUACAAACAGGUGAAAACCAUCGAGCUGCCACAACAACGCUCGUCCUCGGUGGCCACCCAGCAAACCACGGUGUCCUCGGUCCCCUCCCACCCCUCCACUGCUGGGAAGACGUACCGGGCCAUGUACGAUUACACGGCGGCCGAUGCCGACGAGGUUUCCUUCAAGGACGGCGACACCAUCGUGAACGUCCAGGCCAUCGACGAGGGCUGGAUGUACGGGACAGUCCAGAGGACCGGCAAGACCGGGAUGCUCCCGGCAAACUACGUGGAGGCCGUGUAAGCAACCCCUGCCCCUGCCCAGAGGGGCAGAAAAGGGGGGUGACACCUCCCAAAGCGCCUCGUUGGCCGUGGCGACGGCGCCUUGUGAGUAAAAGUAACUGCAGAGCAAAAUAUUCUUGAGACGUUAUUUCAGAACAUCUUUGAAAAGUCACCUGUAAAAGGCUACUUUGCAUUUCUUCCAAUGCCAGAAAAAACCAAACCAACAAACCACCUUUUUUAAACGUUGCCUGGAAUUCCCAACAUUUCAUCACACACCAUAAUAUGACACUACAACUGCAGUCCAGUAUCUUCAAAAUUUGAUACCAGUAUUAAGACUGACUCCCAAGCAUUACUUUAUUCAUUCUAUAAAAACUAUAGAAUUUUUUGGGGGCUAUAUGUUUAAAUCUGUUCACUUCCUUUCACAAAUAAGCAAUAUCUAAGCUUAGUAUUUCAAACCAUUUAUUUGGGGAGGGGAAAAAGAAACCCUCUCCUGCUUGCUGAGGUCUCAUGAAUGUGUUCUUUGUGCAACUGUUCUGGGGUCAAAAGCUGUUAUUUCUUGUAAAUUAGUGACUGAAUAAAGCUGAUGUUUCUGCAGUAGGA